AUGUCCUUAAUAAAAAAUUUCGUUUACUUGCCGACUUAUAUUCUUGAUUAUGUUGUGGAUGAGCCGACUCCUAAAAUUGAUGCCGAUAGAUUCCUUAGUACCGCUACUCCUACCGAACUCAGACAGAUGAUUGUCGCAUUCUACCCCCAUUUUGAAUUCACUGUAGAGGCUCAAAAUGCUACCGAUCUGCUUCGAAUGAUUUUUCGUGAAAUGGUUUCCACGCGUCUCUCUAAUCUAGUAGUCCCUUCACCCAACGACACCAAGUAUUUUCAAGUGCCUAGUUUCUUACGAGGCCCAGUAUCCAGCAAACAACGUGCUCCAGUAGUUGUCGACUCACUAGAUGACAUCUACAAAGAUUGCAUGGCAGCGUCCAAUACAUCUGCCCUCGCCCCCCUCAAGAAGGGCCUGUACCAUCUCCCGGCUGCAACGUUUCAAUCUUUCCUCGACACUUACAAGGUUCCCGACGAGAUGGAGGGUAUCUGUAGCGCUCAGACCGACGCAGAAGAGGCCCUUCACGAUGAUACCCCCGACCCUACAAAUUUUCAAGAAACCAUCGAAGGCAUCCAACUCCAGUCACGCCACUCAUCGGUCUCGCUGACCGAGCAGAAAGACCUCACGGAGGCUGCCCAAGACGUCGGCUCUAUCUCUGCGUGUACCGAUCUUCAUAGUACUAGUACAGUCUAUUCUACCCCUGACCCUACAAAUUUUCAAGAACCCAUUGAAGGCAUCCAACUCCAGUCAUGCCAGUCAUCGGUCUCGCUGACGGAGCAACAAGAGGUCCCCGACGAGAUGGAGGGUAUCUGCAGCUCUCAGAUCGACGCAGAAGAGGCCCUUCACGAUGAUACCCCCGACCCUACAAAUUUUCAAGAAACCAUCGAAGGCAUCCAACUCCAGUCACGCCACUCAUUGGUCUCGCUGAACGAGCAGAAAGACCUCACGGAGGGUGCCCAAGACGUUGGCUCUAUCUCUGUGUGUACCGAUCUUCAUAGUACUAGUACAGCUUCAGGCCCUUCUCCCAAUCAACAUUGUUGCCCUAUAUGUUCUCUCAAUUCUUUGUUCGAUUGA